AUGACAACAAAAAAUUUAUUGAUUUUAGCUCAUUGGUCUUGGAAAUGUAAUGCUACUAUUGCAUGGGAAAAGAUUAGAAAUAUUGGAAAAAAAGAAAAAUUAAAUGAAUCUGAAAAUAUGGAUCAUUAUUUCAAAUCCUCUCACCAACAGGUUAAACACUUAAAACAGGAUAAACAAACUUUAAAAAAGAACAAUUAUUCAGAUUUACAGAAAGAUCAAAUUGUAGUACUUGAUGAUAUUUCAAUUGAGUUGGAUUUAGUACAGUCUGAAAAUUCAUUAAAUGAAAAUUACAUUUUAUCAAAUGAUCGUACAAGGACGAGACAUAGCUCGUUGGAAUCCUCUCAUCGAGAAGCGUCGAAUGGUGGUAAAAUCAAGUCUCUAUCAUCGAUAGAUCGUGAGAUAGCCCAUGUGAGACGAAUCCAAUGA